AUGGCAGAUAGAGAACUCAACCUCCUGAGCCUGGAUGGCGGUGGUGUGCGCGCGCUGUCAACGCUUUACAUCCUCAAACAUGUCAUGGAGGCGAUCGAUCGCGAGAACCCCCCCAAACCAUGCGAGUUUUUUGAUAUGAUCGGGGGGACGGGGUCGGGUGGACUGCUGGCGAUUAUGCUCGGCCGGCUGAAGAUGGAUAUCGACCAGUGCAUCGUCGCAUACACUCGCCUGUGCAAGCACGUCUUCGGGCACAAGAAGCGUCUCUCCCUAACCACGAUGGGCAACAUUCGCGGGAAACCGAAAUACGAGGGGAAGAAGGUCGAGUCCGCGCUCAAGUCGAUUCUGCGGGAGUUGGGACACGAGGAUCGUGAUAUGUUGCUGCAGGAUAUGGAUACAUCGUGUAGAGUUUUUGUAUGUGUAACCGAUGAUUCGACCCGAAAGCUCGUCCCUCUUGCUAGCUAUCUGAGCAAAUACUGUCCCACGGAACUAUAUAAAACAACCAAAGUGUGGGAGGCUGGGGUGGCCUGUUUUGCGAACGCUCUGCUUUUCGAACCCGUUCCACUGGGGCCCUCGCGCCGUCGGUUCCAGGAUAGCUCGCUGCAGGCGAACAACCCGAUCCGUGAGGUGUGGAUCGAGGCGAAGAAUGUUUGGCGGUUGACGGCGCUGGAGACGCAGUUGCGGUGCAUGGUGUCCAUUGGCACCGGAAUGCCCUGUAUUAAGCGUGGUGCGAAAACGGGGGGCAUGUUUGGGUUCUCGAAGACGCAGGAAGCGCUGGCGCUGGACCCGGAGGUUGAAACGAACAAGUUCAUCCAGGAGCAUUCCGAGUUGGAUGAUGAUAACCGGCUAUUCCGCUUCGAUGUGCCCAAUGGCUUAGCCGAUAUUGAACUUGAUUCCGUCCAGGAGAUGGAGACCAUUGUGGAUGCGACGCAGGAUUAUCUGGCCAAGGAGCUGGUGUAUAAGCAGGUUCGACGAUGCGGGAAGGCGUUGCUUCGACCGGGUAGCAGCGAGCGUUCAUAUAGAAGAUGAGCCCUUUUUUCUGUCAUUGGGAUCGGAUAUGAUUAUGAUAUGGUGAUAUCCUGGGAGGCUGAAUUCAUGAUUUAUGCGUUAUAUAUGUUGACAUUAAUACCUUGAUAUUGAACACCACGACUGGCUUAUAACUGAAUCCAAAGACAGCAUGCAGACAUGAUCU